UAAUGCGAUUACGCUACUUUCGGUUAUAGUUUUGUUUAAUUCAUUACACACCCCCAUAAAGGUCAGAAAACUAUAUUUACAGCCCCUAAAGUUAAAAAAAGCUACACAAAAGCCGGAUACAUAUCGAUAUGGCGUCUCCGGUGGUAGCAAAGGUGGCAGAGAGGAUCGGAAAUUCAGUACGGCGACAGGCAAUAACUAUUACGGACGCUGCUGCCGUUAGAAUAAGGAAUCUACUUCAUCAACGGCAACGUUCAUUUCUUAAACUCGGUGUUAAAGCUCGUGGUUGUAACGGCUUAUCCUAUACCCUCAAUUACGCCGACGAGAAAGCUAAAUUUGAUGAGUUGAUUGAAGAGAAGGGAGUAAAAAUUCUUAUUGAUCCUAAGGCACUGAUGCACGUGAUUGGCACCAAAAUGGAUUUUGUAGAUGAUAAAUUGAGGUCUGAGUUCAUAUUUAUUAAUCCCAACUCCAAAGGGCAAUGCGGUUGUGGCGAGUCUUUCAUGACAACAGCCAGUAAAGGAGCUGGAAAGUGAGAUGAUUUUCGCCCUGAGACAUGAUGUUUAUAAUGUACUUUUCACUAGGAUAGAUAAAUGAUGAAAUAAAGAUUUACUCCUGGAAUUAUCUGCCAUAUCUUACACAUAUAUCUUCCUAAUGUGUUCAUUGGAUGUAAGAAUUGCGAGUCAUGCUGGUUGUAUAAAUCUACUGAUACUAAUCGUACAGAUAUAGAAAGAUUUUCUGGCGAAUGUUAUUUACUGGA